GGUAUUCGUAUUAUAUUCAGGACCUGACUUAUAUUAGCUCGGUGUUGAAUGUCUUAGAGAGAUAACGUCUGAAGACCAAGCUAAUAUCACGCAAGCGAGUUCUCCGCCAGUGCUUAUUCUGCUAUUUGCCGACUCUCAGCAGACAGAUUUACCUUACGUUAUCACCAUGGUAGGUCAAGAUGGCUGUCUCUGCUUGAGACCCGAUAUCAGGCAUAUCAACGGAGUUACUACUUGUCUGAGCUGCGGAUAUACAACCUUUAUUUUGGAAAGGAAAUGCACCGACAGCCUUGACAACAUGCAGAGUCUUUCCGUUUUAGCCAAGUCGAAUGUGCGAUUCAGGUACACUCAACUUCAAUUCGAUGACUCCAUCCGUUUAAUUCGACUUUAUGCUGGCGACCGUAAAGAAGCUAUUCAAUGCGAAAUCUUUCAUUCCAGCCUCCACGAUCACCCAGAAUUCGAGGGGCUCUCUUAUGCCUGGGGUGGGUCGACCCUGUCAGAAAAGAUCUACUCCACGGUUGGGUCGUUGGAGGUUACCACGAAUUGCGCAGCAGCUUUGAGAGAUUUGAGAUACAAAUUUCACGACAGAGUACUUUGGAUUGAUGCUAUUUGCAUUGAUCAGUCAAAUAUACUGGAGAAGAACAAACAAAUUCCACUAAUGAGCAAAAUAUACUCCGAAGCAAGACAAGUGGUAGUUCAUCUGGGAGCAGAGACUCGUCCCAAUGUCGAUCUGUUCUUCGAAUUUCUUCAACAAAAUGGCUCAAGCACCGGAAGACAAGUAACUCAGGUUGGGAUUUCGGCGUUCUUGUCGAGGCCGUGGUUUUCCAGAGUUUGGGUCCUUCAGGAAGUGGCAGUUGCAAGAAAAAUCCUGGUGAUGUGGGGAUCAACGGAGCUCCGAUGGGAGUUCCUCUCAACUGCGCGCUUGUCAACCCUAGGCUUGAUGCCGGUAGACGAAACAGGCAAGAUCCCGCCAGUGCUUCAGCUCUCACAAGGCAUUAAAAAGCCGUUGAAAGAUUUCCCUUCCUUGAUCCAUACGGCUCGGAGUUGUGCAUCCACUGACCCGAGAGACAAAAUAUACGCAUUACUUGGCCUUCUUAGCGAUCAAGUUGUUCACAAGAUGAUCCCAGACUAUAACAAGCCAGUCAAAGAUCUGUAUAUCGAGGUCACGAUGCACAUCAUCAAUUUAUACAAUCAUCUCGAUAUUCUUUCUUUUAUCGGAAGACAUACCACAGAGGAAAUAAGUGCAAUAAGUGCAUUCAAAACGAGAUCGAGCGUUCUAUGGGAAAAUCGCAUUGAGUCAGCCGCUAAAACAGCUGUAGAGGCACAGAAACAGGCUGAGCAUAUAAGGACGAGAGUCUUUGAAGCAAAAGACGCAGAAAACCAAGCGUGGAAUGAAUUAAGAGAGAAGGAAGUGCAGUGGAAGAGAUGGAAAGAGAAGAGUCAGGAAUGGCGCGGGUUAGAAUGCCAAGCUGACAUCUGGCGGGAGUUAACAGAAAGGGGAAGAGCAUGGCGUCAAUUAAAGGGCCAGCAGAGAGGAUCACCGCAAAAUGUAGCAGGGGGAGACCAAAAACUGUGUCAUGAAUUAAGAGAAAACGAGGUGGCAAUGCAUAAAUUGCGAGAAGAGCAAGAGAGAAUCUGGGAUUACUCGGAAAGGAAAGAGCUGAAGAGGCAGAAGGAGUUGAGGAGUAUGUUGGGAGCAAAACAGCGGAGUUGGAAUGCAAAAGCGGACAUUCUACGGUGUGAACUGGAAUUAAAGAAUAAAAUCUUCUAUGAUUUCGAAGCAAAGAAGCGUAUCUGGCCCGAGAUAAAAGAAGAGGCUAGUAGAGCUUGGCGUGAAGUGGAAGAUGUAAGGAAAGAAUGGGAAGAAUGGAGAAAGAAGACGGAAAAGGCAGAGGCUGAAUAUCGAGAAAAAGCUUUAUUGCUUGAGAAACAAAUUAUGCAGCGCAGACAAGCUCGGGGUGCAUUGAAAAGUCUCGAAGAGGUUGGGCUGAAGCUGAAAGAUGACGAAGAACAAGCCUGGCACGCUUUGAAAACAAAGCAACAGACAGGCGGCAGAGGGAGACGCGAGGCCAAUACAUGGCGCAAAUUGAGCGCAAAGGAAGAAAAUGCGUGGCAUAGAUGGCAAUGGGCUCAAGAACAGGCAAGAAUCGGAGUAGAAAGGGACAAAGAGCGAGCAUGGAAGGAACUGAAAGAAGCAAAAACCGCCUGGCUUGAAAUCUCGUCUACAGCAACCGACCUCGAGGCUGCAAAAGACGUGGUGGCUGCCGCAAGAAAUAUUUGGGAAGAAGCACACGAUGCUGUUGCAAAAGCUGAACAGCAUCCCUUGAUCCAGGCCGCCGAUUUGGCAAUGCGAGAGUACCGCGCUCUUGAAAACGGUCGAUCCUCGUCCCUCUUUGACCUGAAUCGGCAUAUAAGUCGCGAAUUACGCAGCCAAACCCGAUUCAUUCAGCGAGGCCAACAGCCUUUGCCGUCCUGGGUGCUGCAUCUUGACGGGCACCCGUGUCUUGCAUCGCUUUCUGCCUUCCAAAUUGGAUCCAAGGCCUCCAUCUUCCAACAACCAGUGGCUCGACUUUGCAGAAGCGGGCAUCCAGAGGCAUCUCCGGUCUUGGAGAUCAAAAUCCUUGAGCUCGAUACAGUGGCACAGACAACUCAAAGGCCGACAUCCAAGCCCAGAAGGGCUGAUAUUCCAGUAUCUGGUAUUUCUGAAUCCCAGGUGUGGCAACCAGAGUUAGACUUCAUGUCUCGCUUUAACCACGGUCCGCGGAUGAGAAUCCACGGGAGCAGUUUCCACUCUACGCAGCAAUUUUGUCAAGGGCGGCGUCUAGUUAAGACCAAAAGAUCGUGGGUUAUUUGUACCGGUCAAGUUGAAGAUGGUGACAAAAUAUGUGCCGUUUAUGGUGCGAGCGUCCCUUUCUUGUUGAGGCUGGCUCCAGACCGUGAGCGGAGAUUUAAGCUCAUUGGUGAAUGCUAUUUGGACGGGUUUCGAGGGCCCAAGUUUGUUGAUGAUUAUUUGGAGCUUCUGGGAGAGUAUAAGCGAUACUUUAAUGUGACAACCGCGCGAUCCCUUCCCUGGCAGAUGGCUUAUUUAGAGUAGACGAUAUAGCAAUUUUAAUAGAAGGGGGAAAUCGUUG